AUGUUACUGCCGAAAAGGAUUUCAUCCCGUGGAAGAGCUCUUAUUAGCUUGGUCCUUGUCUGCAUCUUCUCACAAGUAUCAUCAUACUUUAUCAUAAAUGAGCCGGAUUCCUCGUCGCAGUGGUCAAAUGGCGCUUCAAAUUUAAUUUCGUGGACAAAAGGGCUUGAAGAUGGAAUCGACGCUUUUGACGUUGAGCUUGCUCGUCUCACUGACGACGGUCUGAUCUUUGUUGCAAGAGAUGUACCAUGCGCAAAGGGCGAUACUUCAGCGUUGAACAUUUACCUACAAGAUGUCCCCGCAGCAAACGACUACUUCCUCCUUUUCCUUAACUCGACACCUGGCACAAUGUACGCUACCUCGAGCCGGUUCACGAUCCUCGAUUCAUCAACAUCGGCCAACGCUUCCCAACCAUCCACAAACCCUUCAGCCGCGACGGUCACAGUGAGCGGAUCUCCCAACCCGACACAGCUGUUCGCUACGACCUUUGCGCUGGCGAACGGCUCCCCAGUGCUAAUCUCUGAUAUGGGCUAUAUUGCAGUCGGCUUAGGAUCGGCGCUAUUUAGCUGCCUAUUGGGUGCUGCUUGGACGCUGUGGUAG